AGAAGGUAAAGAACUCUCUCACCACUCUCUCCCUCUCUCUACUAUUUCUCUCUCCUCUUUUUCGUUGUCUCUUAUCAUUUCACUUCCCCUAACCCCAGAUUUUCUUUCCCUUCUUCCCUCUUUUCCAACCCCCCAAAAAAACCAACGCAGAAAGGAAACGCAAAAAUUCACAAAAACCCACACAAAUCCGCCCCUAAUUCGCCCAAUUGCUCGCCUCUGGAACCCUGAUUUCUCCCCGCCGGCGAUUCAGCGGCCGUUGAUUUUCCCCCGUGGCGCGAGAGUCCUGGUUUGGAUGAGACUGAGAGGCGGCGCCGCAGAGAGAAACGGGAGCAGGAGAAAAAUUAAUUUUUGAUGCCGCCGGAGCAACUGCCCUGGGAUCGAAGGGAUUUCCGGAAGCACGAGAGAUCCGGCUCGGACCCGCGCUUCGGUGGCGGGGGAUUCGGCGGCGGGGGCCCACACAGAUGGCGGGAGCAGAACCACCACCCGCACGCGCCGCCGCCGCACUCCACGCCCUACCACCACGGCCACAACCAGAACCAGCAGCAGCAGCAGCGCUGGUAUUCGGACUUCCGCUCGCGCCCUAUCCCACCCGGUCAUGGUAAGCAGGGUGGUUGGCACAUGUAUCCGGAAGACGCUGGUCCUGGGUUUAUGCCUUUUGGGUCUAGGUAUGGUGACAGAAACAUAGAAGAUGAUAAUUUUCGCCCUUUUGGAAAUCGUGGAGAUGGAAGGUAUUUUAGAAAUAGCAGGGGAAAUAGGGGAGCAUCGUUUAACCAGAGAGGCUGGAAGUCGACAUCUUGGGAACCUGCUGCGUCGUCAGGUGCGAGUGGUCCUGGGAGACCCACCGCAGAGGUUAGUACUCAGAAGUCUGUAGAGAAUGCUGAGACAUGUCAUGAUAACAACAAUAAAAGUAAUGGAUCUUGUCAUCCUCCUCCUGAUCCCUUACCAAGUCCAUCUCCGCCUCCUGUGAAAGAGAACAAUGAGAAGAAUGAGGAUGGUGGUGAUGAGCCGGCCAGCUCAGAUCAUAAGUCAGAGAAAGAAAAUGGCCUGGGAUCGAUAGAUUGGAAGCCACUUAAAUGGAGCCGGUCUGGAAGCUUGUCUUCGAGGGGAUCUGGUUUGAGCCAUUCAAGUAGCUCCAAGAGUAUGGGGGCGGACUCUGAGAUAGUAGUUGAUGCUCAGCAGAAGAUUGUGACACCUGUUCAGUCUCCGGCUGCUGUUUGUGCUGUGCCAGCUGCUCCGGCUGUUUCUGAUGAGACCAGUUCCAGGAAGAAGCCGCGCCUGGGCUGGGGUGAGGGUCUAGCAAAAUAUGAAAAGAAGAAAGUAGAAGGCCCUGAAGAUGUUAUAACAAAAGAUGGCUUGACAGUUUGUGUGAGUGAUGCAGAAGUCAUGCAGUUGCCUUCUGUCAACAUACUUGAUAAGAGCCCAAGAGUUGCAUGCUUUUCUGAUUGUACUGAAUCUGCUACUCCCACUUCAGUUGCCUGUAGUUCUUCGCCAGGUAUUGAGGAAAAAGAGUCUGCCAAGGCUGCUAAUAUGGAUCAUGAUACUGCAAAUUGGAGCUGUUCACCAAGUGCUAUGUCCCAUGCUCAGUAUGACGGACCAGCUUUUAAUUUGGAAAACUUGGAGCUCACAUCUAUCGCCCAUUUAAGCUCUCUGAUAAAUGAAUUGCUACAAUCUGAUGAGCCAAGAUCUGUGGAAACUGGUUAUGCACGGUCCACCUCAAUAAAUAAGUUACUGGUAUGGAAAGUUAACAUCCUAAAAGCAAUUGAGGUGACUGAAUCAGAAAUUGAUUCGUUUGAAACUGAACUGAGGUCACUCGUUGCCAAUGGUCCUCAUCCAACUGAUUCCAGCUUGCUACCAGGAGAGUGCCGAUUGAAACCUUGUGAAGAGAGGCUUGAUGGUUCUAGUUUCACUAUUGGACCUGGCCCAUUGCGAGUUGAUUCGUCUGGAGCAACGAAUUUUGAAAAUGUUGCUGCUGCAUUGGAGGAUAUCCAUAUGGCUGUGAAAGAUGAGGAAAUUGACAGUCCAGGUAGUGCUACAUCUAAAUUGGUUGAGAAGCUGCCUUCUGGGGAAGAUACCUUUCCUACUGAGCCACGGCGUUGUGUUGAAGGUAACAAGAGAUUGGAGUUUGGUAGUGUUCAUAGGCCGGAGCAAUGCUUGGAGGAUGGUCCUGGAAAUCAUGAUGAAACUUGUUGUACUGAUGAUCAUAAACUUAUUGAGACUAGUCAGCGUGGUCUGCCCUGUGGUGGUGAUACACAUUCUGAUGUGGAUCAUAUUUACGACUUUAUAUUGUCUUCAAAUAGAAACUCUGUAAAUACUGCGAUGGAGGAGUUGAAUAAGUUAUUACCCGCACAGCAGAGUUUUCUUGAUUUUUCUUCCUUACUAAGUGCCUCUUCUUUACAAAGUGGCCCCUUGGUAAUUAAGGAUAAGUUUUUAAAGAAAAAGAGGUCUCUCAAAUUCAGGGAGAAGAUUGUCACCCUCAAAUUUAAGGUAUUUCAGCAUUUCUGGAAUGAAGGUCGUGUAGUUUCAAUAAGGAAACUUCGAGGGAAGUCUCAUAAGAUGUUUGAUCUAAGUCAUACUGGUUUAAGAAAGUACCGUUCUGCCAAUCGAGCUCGAAUAUCUUAUCCUGGUGGGUGCUCCAGAACAGUUCCUGCAGAAGAAGUAAUUGACUACACUACCAGGUUGCUUUCAGAGUUGCCAUUCAAGCCGUGUCGGGCUGCUCUAAAGAUGCCAGCUUUGAUUUUGGACAAGGAGACACGAAUGUCAAGGUUUAUUUCUAACAAUGCACUGGUUGAAGAUCCUUGUUCUGUUGAAAAAGAGAAGUCUAUGAUCAAUCCAUGGACUGCUGAAGAAAGGGAAAUUUUCAUCGAUAAGCUUGCUAUUUUUGGGAAAAACUUCGGGAAGAUUGCAUCUUUCCUGGAACAUAAAACAAUAGCUGAUUGCAUAGAGUUCUACUACAAGAAUCACAAGUCAGAAAGCUUUGAGAGAGCUAGGAAGAAGCCAGAGUUUGCAAAGCAAAAGAAGUCUCAAUCUAGCACCUACUUGGUAGGCAGUGGUAAAAGAUGGAAUCGUGAAGUGAAUGCUGCUUCUCUUGAUAUGCUUGGUGAAGCUUCCAUGAUUGCAGCUAGUGUCAAUGAUGGCUUAGAAACUCAGCAGAGAAGUGCAUCUAGGAUCGGUUUUGGAGCAUCUAGUUCUCACAAAGUACCAAGGGGUGAAGCUCCAUUGCAGAGAUCAAACAGUCUGGAUAUGUACAACAAUGAAACUGUGGCUGCUGAUGUGUUGGCUGGUAUGUGUGCUUCCUUAUCAUCUGAGGCUAUGAGUUCCUGCAUCACGAGCUCAGUUGACCUUAUCGAUGGGUAUCAGGACAGGAAAUGUCAGAGAGUUGGUUCCUGUGUGAAACUGCCUUUGACUCCUGAUGUUACACAAAAUGUUGAUGACGAAUGCUCCGAUGAGAGCUGUGGGGAGAUGGAUUCUACUGAUUGGACUGAUGAGGAGAAAUCUGCCUUUGUUCAAACUCUUUCAUCUUGUGGCAAGGAUUUUGCAAUGAUAUCUCAAUGUGUCAGAACAAGAUCCAGUGAGCAGUGCAAGAUAUUCUUCAGCAAGGCUCGAAAAUGUCUUGGAUUGGAUAAGAUUCGGCCUGGGGUUGGCACUGGGGUCUUUGAUUCCGGUCAUGGAGGCAGUAGUGACACCGAAGGUGCUUGUGUUGUGCAAACCUGCUCAGUUACUGGAAAUAAUGGUUCAGAUUGCAGGAUGGAAGAGGAUCUCCCACCUGUGGAUGUUAAGUUGAGUAAUGAAUCUGAUGUAGCAGUAAAACACAAUUUGAAACCUGAUUCUAGUGGAUGUGUUGGUAACGGGGGACCAUGCCCUUUGGAUUCUAUGGAUGUUGAACCGGUUGGGAAGAGUUUUUUGGGAAAUGCUGUGACAAAUGACAAUCUAGCUAUAGACGUCAAUGUGGAUGAUGAAACACAUGAUAGUGUAAACCAUGCAAGUGGACACGAGCCUGCAGUUACAACAUUGGCCGUAUUCUCCAAAACUGACUCUAUAGGAAUUAACAAGGGAGAUAACAGUGGCCAGCAAAAUAUGUUAAGUGAGGCUGAUAGCAAGGCUGUGGCUGAGAUUUCUAAUGGGCCUCAAGGGGAAGACAACGAAAGAAAAAGGCCUAUCCUAACUGAGGGUAAUGUGGAAUGCAAAAAAGUUCAGGGUAAUGUGGAAUGCAAAAAAGUUCAGGACAAGAGUGCUAGUUCCACUGAAAUUACUUCCGAUAGCUCUGCAGUAAAUCAGACUGAGUCUUGCCCUCAGGUUGUUCGGAAUAUUUCCCAUCCCUCAGUUAAUGCACAUUCUCUGAUGCAAAUUAAAUUUGGAUGCCAAACGGAAGCCGACCCCCGAACCUGUUCAGAAAAAUCUCGUCCCAUCUUAGCAGAGCAGAAUGACCACUUUACUUCCGUGGAGUCAUCGACACUGUUCUCUGUGCCCAUCAAGUAUCAGAGGCACUCGAGUACUAGUGCUUUGUCAAAUGUUGCCUCUAAUGGGAUCAGUGAAAAGGAUCCUAAGAGGAGUGUUAGGACAUUGAAUGGCCAGCAGCAGCGUAUUUCAGGCUACCUGCAGCCGGAUCCAGAUAAAUUUUCACAAGUACUCAGCGGUUACCCAGUUUCUGUGCAGACUGUGAAGGAAACAAAUGGGGAUGUUAACUGCAAAAAACAUAUACCACUUCAUAAUAUCUUCAAGCGGGAUGAUAAGUUUCAUACAGAGCGGCGUAGAGAAUUCUCCCUUCAGAAGUGUGCUACCGGCCCAAAGCAUCAGGCUGAAGUCCAGGCACCCUAUCCAACCCAAGAUAAGAGCAGGGACCAUUCGAGACCCCAUUCAGGGAGCUCAUCUGAUGCGGAGAAGCCUUCCAGGAAUGGUGAUGUCAAGUUAUUUGGCAAAAUCUUGACAUCAACCCAACAGAAACCUGAUUCUCGUGCAGAAAGGGAAGGCGGUGAGGACCAGCACAACAAACCAGUUUGCCAGACACUGAACCUGAGAUUCAGGGGUGAUCAAAAUGCCACUAAUUUAGAUUCACCUCGUUCGAAGUUUGACUGUAAUAAUUAUAUGGUCUCUGAUAAUAGUCCUAGGAGUUUUAGUUUUUGGGAUGGGAACAGGACGAACAUGGGCUUUGCUCCUCUGCCUGACUCAUCUCUUUUGCUAGCCAAGUAUCCUGCUGCCUUCAGCAAUCAUCCGAUGCCUGCUGUGAAAUUAGAUCAGCCAACUUUACAAGGAGUCAUUAGAAGCAAUGACCAUUCCUUAAAUGGCCUCUCUGUUUAUCCAAGCAGGGAUCCGAGUAGCAGCAAUGGUGUAGCAGAUUACCAGGUAAUAAGGAAUCGAGAAUUGCCUCCAUUCGCCUUAGACAUGGAGCAGCUGCAAGAUGCAUUACUCUCAGAAAUGCAAAGAAGAAAUGGGUUUGAUGUUGUAUCAGGAGUGCAGCAACAAUCGAGAGGAGUAGUUGGGGUCGGAAUCAAUGUUGUUGGGAGAGGGGGGAUUCUUGGUCAGGGCCCUGGCGUUACUGACCCCGUUGCUGCCAUCAAAAUGCACUAUGCAAAAGCUCAAAACCUAGGAAUGCAGACAGGGAGUGGAGUUAGAGAAGACGAUGCGUGGAUGAGUAAUGGGGAUGUAGGGAAGUAGUAGAAGCGGGGAGGAGGCUUUUAGCAGAGGCCACUGUGCGAUAAGGUCACGUGUUGUCGCGUUGUUGUCGCGUUGUAUUAUAGUUUUUAUGUCACCAACUCAGCAGCCAGCAUUAGAGUAGUGGACAGUUUCCAGAAACCAUCCCUUUUUCUUUUCUUUUUUUGGGUCAGAAGAUUUCUAGAUUUUGUAAUAUUGCAGGAGCCUUUGUAUUUGUUGUAUUUGGUGGAGAUACAGAAAUAAUCUGUCAAAAUAGAUGUGGAGGAGAAAGAGGAAUUUCUGUUUCAGUGCAUCUUCAUGUAAUGUGGAUCAUUACCCCAAUGAGCUUCACAAUGGUACGAGCUCUUCUUAAUUAGGUAUCUCUUUUCAUGUUCUUUGUUAUGGCUUAUCUAGUUUUGUUUGUUCAGUUAUGAGAGGGGAAAAUGUGUCAUUUAUUGGUGGUGAAUCGGUUAUAUAUAAAUUUACUUUUUUUGUGUU